AUGGCAAGCACCAAUGCCACUGAUGUCAAAAGUAAUUACAUCGAUUCUGAACAAGCAUCCUAUGAAGAGAUAGCCGGUAUCGUAUCGAACAAAGAUAAUCAAGAAAUGCCAUGUUUAACAUUUCGCAGUGCUGUGAUUGGAAUCGUAUGUGUCGGGAUAGUAUCCAGUUUUAACCAAUAUUUUGUCUAUCGUUCACAAUCCUAUGAAUUUCCAGUACUUCCUCUGCUAUUAAUAGUCUACCCAAUAGGCCACUGUCUCGCGUGGUGUCUCCCGACAAGACGUUUUCAGAUGUACAAGUGGAGCUUUUCAUUGAACCCCAGCUCGUUUACGAUAAAGGAACAUGCGAUUAUCUAUAUCAUGAUUCUUGUGAGCAGCUCACACGCGAAAGCAACGGACAUUAUUGUGAUUAAAAAGAUUUAUUUACAAGCGAAGACAACGUUAAGUUUGGACAUUCUACUUCUAGUCUCCACACAAGUGAUGGGAUACGGAGUGGCGGGUAAGAAGACUAGUUAUUCAGUCCCAGUGAGCAUGCAGGUGGGCAUUAAGAAAAAAUCGAAAGUGCACUUUUAUGGACUCGAAGACAGUAAAAUACAUAACGAAUAAGGGAAUUUUUUGCUCUAACAGCAUAAGAAAUUGUGUUUCACGUGUCAAGGAUCUCUGGAAAACACAUCAUUUCGGUUUACAACAUCAAAAAGGGUGCACAAGUUUAGAGGGGGGUCUUCUCUUGUGCCCAGAAAAGUCAUAUUUUUCGAUACCCUCAGCAGUAAAAGUCGCAGUUCAGAACCGCAGUAUUUUCCACAUAUUUUUUAAAGGCAACUGUUUAUUUUGAUUUUUAAUUACAACCCUAGUGAAACUUCUUGUAACCAAGAUCUUUACUUCUUGAAUAUUUCGGUA